CGCUGACACGCCUUUACGUGAUGACGCAAUUUUUGCCUUGUUGGAGGGUGAUUUCAUCAGGAGAGAUUUCAAGACAAAGCGAAGGGACUUCCUAUAUGUUGUAUAUGUCCACGUAUCUUGUUUGGGUAUAGGAUCAAGAAAGAUGUCGGUCGGUGAGGAUAUGGAUAAUACAGACCUGCUUGAAUUACUCUUUCAAAAUGAAGAUCGGGCAUCCAGCGACCUAUUUUUCGCAGAAGCGAAUAACCUGCUGGACGAUUUGCUUUCAGAGCAAGAUAUGCUGAAUGGAAUGGAUACAGAGGAUUUUCUCAGCACUCUACUGGGUGAGGAAGAUGAUGGUCUGACAUUCAACUGCCUCUCUCACUCUCCUCAUGGCAGCGACAGUGGAAUUUCCGAGGACACCACCUCUCCACAAUGUCCAAGUCCGCAUGACGGCAGUGAGACAGACACUGUCCCCAGUCCAGGCUUCGAACCACUGCAGUAUCCCGAGUAUAUGACAGAGAGCUAUGAAGCACAGGUGGUGCAGACAGACCACUGCUACACCCUUCCUCAGGACACAGAGACCCUGCUGAGUGUCCGAUCCGAAAAUCCUGAGUCUGAUGUUUUUAUUGACGUAGAUGAGUUGGACAUGGAUUUGGAAGAUGACUUCUCCAGUGAGCUCCCCUGCUCCCUCACAAUUGAAGAUUCCACACUGGGCACCAAAACAGACAGCCAGUUCCAGUUUAAAGAGAUCGUUUUGACCGAUGAAGAGAAAAGACUUCUGGCCAAGGAAGGUGCUACCAUUCCAUCUAACAUGCCUCUUACAAAGGCAGAGGAGCGAACCCUGAAGAGGGUGAGGAGAAAGAUCAGGAACAAGCAGUCUGCUCAAGAGAGUCGCAAGAAGAAAAAAGUUUAUGUGGAUGGACUGGAGAGCAGGGUUGCGGUCUGCACUGCUCACAACCAGGAAUUGCAAAAGAAAGUUGAGAUGCUACAGAAACAAAACAUGUCCCUUGUUGAACAACUAAGAAAACUACAGGCUCUUGUGAAAAUGUCUACAAUGAAAACCACCACAACUAGCACAUGUAUUAUGGUUUUCCUGCUUUCUUUCUGUCUGAUCAUUUUCCCUUCGGUCAAUCCUUUCGGCAACAGCGCACAAAAAGAUUUAUAUACGUCAUCCACAGGGAUGUCCCGAGCCCUGCGUUCUUAUCCAGCCAUCCUGAAAGAAGACGUAUCCACACAUGUCAAAGAAGUGCCAGAUCAGGACCUCCUCCUAGUGGGCACCGUGGACAGCAACCAGGUGCUGCUUUCAGGCAAUCAAAACCACACACCUGAUUACCAGAGGGUCGAGGAGUCCGAUUCGGAGUCUGGUGUCAACAGCAACUCCUCCUCUGACUUCCCCGCCCCUGGCCAAUCAGACCUCAAAUCAGAUGCAGCUCUCUCAGAAUCCCACAGAAACACAGCAUCUCCGGUUAUCUACGACGGGCAGAGUAAAACCAAGGAGCCCUGGAUGGAGCAGAAACCAACUUCAGUUAUAAUACAGCAACACCGCUCUGAUGAAAUGUAGGAACCCAUGCAUGAGCGCUUCAUUUAACAACUUUUGCUUUGUUGUUUUAGAAAAAAAACUUUUUUUAAAUCUUUUUUUUACAUGCAUCUACUGAAAUGCUUUGUAGCACUUUCUUGAUACCCAGCCAUAUGCUAGGAUGUUAUUAAACAUCAUCUGCAUCUCUUUCUAUGGAAAUGUGAAGGAGUUAGCUUGUCUUGAACUUUGCACUGCGUCCACAUUGAAUUUUUUUAAAUACAUUCAGGAAAUGUAUUCAUAUGUAAAUAUUACUUGAGCAAUCAAAGGCAACCGGGCAUUUAGGAGAUUAGCUUCCCUUGUAGUGAGGGAGGCACUGGCUCAAAGAGAUUCCACUUCUGUAAGUAGAUCAAUGAUAUGUGGUCUAUUUAGAAAAGGGAUGUUUUUUGUAAAAGUUUAUCUGCUCUUAUUGUGCAUUAUUUGUGGCUUAAACCCCCUUUUUGUUGCACUGCUGUAAAUUUCGGCUUAAAACUAUUUUUAGAGGGGUAAAGUGUUGCACAAAUCCACAUGAUUAUAAUAAAGUGUUAAUGUCUAUAUAUGUAUAUAUAUAUAUA